AGCAACCCCUCCUGGUUCCCCUCCAACAUUAAUCACCCAUGGUCCUCAUCGAUGUAAUGGUACCGGUAGUUAAAAGUACUUAACAGCUUCCUCUGUACCGUUGAUAGGAUUUGUCCCGCCAGUCCCGUCACAACAGUUCUCUUGCACGUCCCACAAGUCUAUUGCUUUGACAAACUUCACUCUGUCCUUACGUUCGUCCGUCCAAGUUCAAGAUAAUUUGAAAAUGUCGAAUUUAGGGUCGACUUCGGGUCCUUGUACUGGGUUUCCCGCUCCGGGUCUUCGUGAGCCCAACCGCUACAUCACCGGACACAAUGAGAAGGGAGAGCCCGUCUUCCUGGUUACGGACCAUGGCGACCACCGCGACGCUAUGCUGGGCGGUGCUGCGGCCCAGAAUAUCAUCUACAGCGCCAAGGGCAACCCCGUCGAGCUCACUGAUGAUGUCGACAUUGAGUACGCAAAGAACAACAAGCCUGCUCUCCAUAUUCCCAAUGGCUGUGUCGUCCGAAUGAUCGACUUUGCUCCCGGCACCGAAUCCAACCUGCAUCGUGCCCUCACCCUCGGCAUUGGCACGGUUUGCGAGGGAGAGAUCGAGCUGACGUUGAGCGACGAUCGCAGCUACAGGCGGGUUCUCCAGCCCGGUGAUGUAUCCAUCAACCGUGGCGCUAUGCACCGUUGGCGCAACACCUCCGAUGAGAAGCCGGCUCGUAUGGUCUUUGUCAUGUUGGAUGUCAUGCCCAUCAUUGUCAAUGGAAAGGCUCUCGAGUUCGACAUGGGACAUCUGAUGAAGGAAUACUCUGAGUAUGCCGAUGGCGAGGGUAACAAGGCCGACUAGAACAGAGUAGUACGAUAGUUUCUACUACAUUUAUAUCUCACAUGCAAUCUCCUUGUUCGAU